UUGACGGUUAUCUUGUUGGACAACGAUUCAGACAAUCCGGAGGUUAUCCAUGAAAAAGCAGCUGUAGCUGGUAACAGCCUAGACAUCACCGAAAAUAUGCCGCGGAAAAGUCCCCACAAGAAACGGCCGAUAAAUGACCUUUCAUCCGGUAGCGAUUCCGGUACAUCGGAGGACGAGUGGACUCCUGCAAAGAGGGAUUGUAGACCCAAUCUGAUAAAAAAGCGCCUGCUGCCUCAGCGUAAGUCGACAACGUCCGUGGCAACGAUCGCGCCGGCGCCAUCUGCUGGCCAGCCGACCGUCCUCCAGGUGGGGACACUGUCACGCUCGCUGCUCGCCACGCGCGGCGGGCCGUUCUACAUGAAGACGGUGGCGCCCCCGCAGCUGAAGAGGGUGCCACCGCUCAUGCACGACGUGGACCUCCACAUGGAGUGUGAGGAGGAGGAGCUGACGGACGCUCAAUGCGCCGCGAACGCUGCCGCCGACAAGCAGUACCAGGAAGCGCUGAAAGCCAUCACCGAGAACCAGCAGCAGCAGGUGGCGCCACCGGAGCUGUGGCAGCAGAGGGCGCUAGCGGAGAACGUGCAGCAGAUGCAGGCGUUGCCUGUGUUCAUCGCCAGCCUGCAGCAGCCGACGCUCCUGCAGCAGCAGCAGACGCUCCUACCCGCAGCCACCGCCAACCAACACAUACAGAUUGUUAACCCUGUGGGUCCGCAACCCCCCUUGAUGUUGUCGCUGAACCCAAGCCCAGUAGGGACCGCUGUUACUGGACGUACAAAUAUGCCGAGCAAUAGCCUCACCCCGUUGGAUUGCUUGCAGAAAACUAUUAACGCAGGCACAGCACUCAACAAGUCUUCUGUCAUGGUACUGAAGAUGCCCUGUCCUGCGAAGAAAGAUGUCUGUUACUCUCUGCGGAAAAACAAUGCUGAAAACAUGAAGAGGCAACGGCUGCAAGAAAGUGAAGAUCGCACUGAGAAAUUGCGUUCCUAUGCGAGAGACAGGAUGCGAAGGGUCCGUGCCGAGAAAUCUCCAGACGCUGCAUCACAGAGUACGAGAAACAAUGCUGAAUACAUGAAGAGGCAACGGCUCCAAGAAUCUCAAGAGGCUGCAGCACAGAGAAGGAGAAACAAUGCUGAAUACAUGAAGCAGCAACGGCUCCAAGAAAGUGAAGAUCAAACUGAGAAAUUGCGUGCCUCUGCGAGAGACAGGAUGCGAAAGGUCCGUGCCGAGAAAUCCCCAGAGGCUGCAGCACAGAGAAGGAAAGACAAUGCCGAAUACAUGAAGAGGCAACGGCUGCAAGAAAAAUGCAUGGGGCAGGUCGUCUCCCAGCGUGUGGUUGAGUUCCUGAGUCAACCAGCUGAGAACGAGGGGCUCCGGCAGUGA